AUGGCUAGGACUAGGCAAACAACUCCACAAACAAAAGAGGAAAGGCUUAGAAAAAAACGGGAAGCAGAAAGAAGGAGGUAUUACCGCUUAAAACAGGAUCCUGUCGGAAGAGAGCAACUCAGGCAAAAGGAAAUCGCCCAAUACUUGAGAAAAAAGGAAAAAGAAGUCAUAAAACCCAUUGAAGGGACAAGAGAAGAAAACGAAAACAAUGGAGAGAAUAUUCUCAGAAGUACAGAAACAAGAAAAGACAGAUAA